AAUCCAAAAUGCAAAAAUCGAAAACAUUACUAUCAUAAACCUCUCGCAUGUCGUAAUGUGGAUCAUGGAGAUUUAAGCACGAUUUUGAACUGUAUGGAUGUAUUGAACACAUAGAUCAGCAGUGGAUGAAAACUGCAAUCCUCCAUUGUAAAGUUUACAUUGUUUGGGAUAGGGAUAUUUACGACAACCAAAAACAAAUUUGAUCAUGCUGCUGGUUACGUCGGUUGCGAUAUGUUUUAUUCUUUUUACGUGUGUUGUAUUUAUUGUCAUGAAAAUCAUCAAUCACAGAAAGAGAGGUACAGUCUCUGUACUGGCUGUUGUUGGUUCAGGUGGACACACUAAAGAAAUGUUAAGUCUGCUGUCUGGUGUGGGUCCUCAUUAUUGCCCUAGGUAUUACGUUAUUGCCAACACAGAUACCAUGAGUCAGAAGAAAGUGGAACAGUUUGAAAAACAGAGGACUACAAGAGAAAAAAAUGAACUGGAAUAUUCAAUGGUUCUGAUUCCAAGAAGCAGAGAAGUGGCACAGUCUUGGUGGAGCACUAUUCUGUCAACAAUGUAUGCUUUGCUGCUUUCGAUUCCUGUAGUCUUCAAAAGUAAUCCUGAUCUUAUCUUGUGCAAUGGUCCGGGUACUUGUGUACCAAUAUGUCUGGCAGGGCUGUUAUUAAAGGUGGUGAGGGUGGGUAAACCGAAGAUAGUUUAUGUGGAGAGUAUAUGUCGGGUAGAUACCCUUUCCUUGUCAGCGUGGAUACUGUAUUAUUUGGUGGACCAGAUGCUAGUUCAGUGGCCAACUCUACAAGCUAAAUACCCUCGAACACAUUACAUUGGGAAACUAGUCUGAUAAACAAUGGAAAUCAGUUUUUCUGCAUAACUUGCAUGAAAAUGUAAUAUUUAUUGCCACAUUUCAAGAAACAUUUAAGUGGCGAUGACACAGCGUACAAAGUUUUUCCACAGAACUCUCGUGAAAAUGAAAAUGCCAUUGUCAAGAAACAAGGAAGUACAUAUAAUGGUGCUCAAAGUUCUGAUGGCAGAAUUCAUUCAUGAUUAUUAGCUAGUGCACAUUAAAUUGUACACAACACCAUAACCUAGGAUACGCAUGUACUGCAUGCACCAUCAAGGUAAACAGGUUUUAGAGUACACGUCUAACAGGGUGUAUAUAAUUUAUAUAUAUUAUAUUACACGAUUGUAUUUUAAAAUCAAAAUGUUAAAUAAAGAUUUAUAUCU